CCCAGUUUUAACAAACUUGAUUAUCUGGCUUUCCAGCCCAUAAUAGCCAAGAAGCGGCAAAUUAGAGGAUGAUUACAGAGGAUUACUGUAAAAAGGUGGAAUGCAAGCUGAUUACAAAGAGGAGGCACCAAAACAGCACAACAGCCUGGAUUUCUUGAAUACAAGGAAUUGUUUCUGUCUUUUUUUUAUUUAUAGCUGUCUGUUUGCAUUCUGAUUGAAACACUGGGAUCAUUUUCAUCAUGCCAACAGUAGUGGUAAUGGAUGUAUCCCUUUCCAUGACCCGACCUGUGUCUAUUGAGGGGUCUGAAGAAUAUCAGCGCAAGCACCUAGCAGCCCAUGGUUUAACGAUGCUGUUUGAGCACAUGGCCACGAAUUACAAGCUUGAGUUUACAGCCCUGGUGGUUUUUUCAUCACUCUGGGAGCUGAUGGUUCCCUUCACAAGAGAUUAUAACACUCUACAGGAAGCACUAAGUAAUAUGGAUGAUUAUGAUAAAACCUGCUUGGAGUCUGCAUUAGUUGGUGUUUGCAACAUUGUUCAGCAAGAAUGGGGUGGUGCAAUUCCUUGCCAGGUUGUUCUGGUGACAGAUGGCUGUCUUGGCAUUGGUAGAGGGUCACUGCGGCAUUCCCUAGCUACUCACAGUCAACGAAGUGACAGCAACAGGUUCCCACUGCCUUUUCCUUUCCCAUCUAAGUUAUACAUCAUGUGCAUGGCAAAUUUGGAGGAGCUUCAGAGCACUGACUCCUUGGAUUGCCUUGAACGUCUCAUAGAUUUAAACAAUGGUGAAGGGCAGAUUUUUACUAUUGAUGGCCCCCUAUGCUUGAAAAAUGUACAGUCUAUGUUUGGAAAACUGAUAGAUCUGGCAUAUACCCCUUUCCAUGCUGUUCUCAAGUGUGGCCACCUGACUGCUGAUGUUCAAGUCUUCCCCAGGCCAGAACCUUUUGUUGUAGAUGAGGAAAUCGAUCCUAUCCCCAAAGUCAUUAACACAGAUUUGGAAAUAGUGGGGUUUAUUGAUAUAGCUGAUAUUUCCAGUCCUCCAGUUCUGUCCAGACAUCUGGUCCUACCUAUAGCACUUAACAGAGAAGGUGAUGAGGUGGGUACUGGCAUAACUGAUGAUAAUGAAGAUGAAAAUUCAGCCAAUCAGAUUGCAGGCAAAAUACCCAACUUUUGUGUCCUGCUCCAUGGCAGCCUAAAAGUAGAAGGAAUGGUAGCAAUAGUUCAGCUAGGUCCUGAAUGGCAUGGAAUGCUCUACUCCCAAGCUGACAGCAAGAAGAAAUCAAACCUCAUGAUGUCUCUCUUUGAGCCUGGCCCAGAACCUCUCCCAUGGCUAGGGAAAAUGGCACAGUUGGGUCCUAUUUCAGAUGCUAAAGAAAACCCUUAUGGUGAGGAUGACAAUAAGAGCCCAUUCCCCCUGCAGCCCAAAAACAAACGCAGUUAUGCUCAGAAUGUGACUGUCUGGAUCAAACCCAGCGGCCUGCAGACAGAUGUACAGAAGAUUUUAAGAAAUGCAAGGAAACUACCUGAAAAAACACAGACAUUCUACAAGGAGCUGAACCGUUUACGAAAGGCUGCCCUGGCCUUUGGUUUCCUGGACCUGCUCAAAGGGGUGGCUGACAUGCUGGAAAGGGAGUGCACACUGCUGCCCGACACGGCCCACCCCGAUGCAGCCUUCCAGCUGACCCACGCCGCCCAGCAGCUCAAGCUGGCCAGUACUGGCACCUCCGAGUAUGCUGGCUAUGACCACAACAUCACCCCUUUGCAGACAGACUUCUCUGGGAGCAGCACUGAAAGAAUGUGAAGCUGACUUUGGGAGCCUUCCUUUUUUCAUUUCAAAUGAAAAUGAUUUAGGAUAAAAACUUUUCCAGGGUGUUCACCUCUGCAACAACCACCCAAAGACCUCGCUGAGGCUGCCUCCGCAGCACCAUUUGCUGCUUUGAAUGACUGCACGUCUGAGAAGGGCUCUGAAGGGUUGUUGGCUGCUUAGGCCUGGACCUUAGCUUUCUGGGGCUCAGAGUCUUUCAGCUGAGACACCUGCUGCUCCCACGAAGGGCACAUCUCCUGAGAAGCUUGAAGGUCUGAUGCGCACAGAGCUCUCCCCGUUCCUCAGGCACCCUCACCUGCAAGCUCCUCUGGCUUUCUGAAAGGCACCCUCUCUUCUCUCAGUCAUAAGGACAUUUUCAAGCUUCUGCCCUUGCGACAAGCAACCCAGACUCUCUGGGACCAGCUAAAUAUAAGCUCUACACCACUAAGUUUUGGAACUUUUCUUAGAACUUGGGCAAAAGUUGGUGGUAACCUUUAGGUGCUUUUGAUAUGUCUUGAGAUACAGACUUAAAUAGCAACCAUAAAUGUAUACGAUUAUUCCUGUUUCUUCAAGUUUUUUUUUUUUUUUUAAUGAAAAAAUAAUUGCUUUUCUA